AUGGCCGAUUCCGGAAACUCUCCCGACCAAACCCGAGAAGUCCCUGAAAACGUCGGCCAAGGGUCCGGAACUGCUCCUCCGGAAGUUCCAGUUACUGACCUCCCCGCCGCCGAACAAACCGGUGGCGAGGGCAGCUCUACUGCUGCUUCUGGGUCUGGCCCUUCUGAGCCCGCACCGCCCCCGCCUCCUCCUCCUCCUCCUGCUGCUGCUGCUGCUCAGGCAGCAGGCGGUGGCCCAUAUGUUUGCCACUUGUGCAACCCGCCCACAGCGUUCGACAACGACAGGGCAAUGGCGGGGCAUAUGCGCAGGCAUAGAGACAGGGCAUGGAGAGGUUCAUUUCCACCUCCUGUCUUUAGUAGACAAGAAUUCAUGGGCGAUGACAUCGCCAGGGGGCUGCUGAACGCCCCAAUCCAAGAACAGGAGGCGGCGCUCGCCGCCGAGAGGGGGUUUGUCCACCACUUCGAUCUGAACAUGGGGGUGCCGGGGGCGGACGAGCCUGCCCCGGCCGGGCCAUCUGGGGGAGACAUUCCUGCCACUGGUCUCUCGGAGGACGACACUGUCUGA